CAGCAUUAUUUAUAGUUUAUGUACAUCAACUAGUAGUUUCUUUCUCUAUAACUCUUAUUCCUCAUCCACUACUUUUUCUUUAUCCUUCACGUAACUCUUACUAUAAUUGUUACCUUUCUACUUUCAUCUCUUUUGGUUUUUUCCAGCUUAAUUCUACUUCCUUCAUGGCUAACUUUAGCUUCAUUCUCGGCAUAAUUGGGAAUGUCAUCUCCAUACUUAUGUUCGCUUCUCCAUUAAAAACAUUCAAAAGGAUAAUCAAGAAAAAAUCAACAGAGGAUUUUAAAGGAAUACCAUACAUCACAACACUAUUGAGCACAAGUUUGUGGACAUUUUAUGGAUUGCUCAAACCUGGAGGUUUGCUAGUGGUCACAGUCAAUGGUACUGGUAUCUUCUUGCACAUCCUAUAUGUCACUCUCUUUCUCAUGUAUGCUCCCAAAACUCUCAAGAUUCAAUCAAUGAAACUGGUGGCAAUUAUAAAUAUAACAUUCCUUGGGGCUGUUAUAGCAAUCACUUUACUAGCUGUACACGGUACCACUCGGCUCACAUUGGUCGGAAUUUUAUGCGCUGCUUUGAAUAUUGGCAUGUAUGCAUCUCCUCUCGCCGCUACGAGGACAGUGAUAAAGAUGAAAAGUGUGGAGUACAUGCCAUUCUUACUUUCCUUCUUCCAGUUCCUUAAUGGAGGGGUAUGGACUGCUUAUGCUGUUCUUGUCAAAGAUUAUUAUAUUGGAGUGCCAAAUGGGAUAGGCUUCAUAUUGGGAGCGGCCCAACUGAUCCUGUACUUCAUGUACUACAAGUCAACCCCAACAAAAUCGACAGAGGAAAAAGAAGAAAAAGGGUCGGCCCAUCUGAUGAUCCAAAUGAAAGACGUUGAUGGAGCCCAUAAGAAUGAGAACAAUCCAAAUCUUCACAAAGGGAAAAGCCUUCCAAAGCCAUCUUUAGUUCGUCAGUAUAGUGAGAGACUAAUGAAGACACUUUCUAAUACCCCAUCUUCAUUGGGCUCACACGAUAUUGAAAAAGGCCUCAAAGAAGCCCACUAAAUUUCUAAUUUUCGGACCACCAAAUAGGCCCAAGUAUAUAUUUAUUUGUGUUGGGCCUUUAUGUAUAAGAAGAUGAUGUUGUAAUGAUAGCCGAAGCUCUAAAUCUGAGCUCGCGUUUUUUCUCUUUCUUUUGAUGUGUUGAGAGAAGAUUAAUAUACAUAAUAAAAUUUGAUGUCUACACAGCUGAUGAGAAUUUCAUAAUUUUGGAAAAUAAGAUGUCUUAUUUCAGUGUG